UAGAGCAGUGUACCAUGUCAUACCGGUGUUGGGCUUCAAUCUCGGUAGUGAAGGUGCCAGUAUAGCUCAGCUAAUCACUGUUGUAAAUCUCCUGUCCGAGGAGCAUCAGGAUUAUGUGGCAAUCCUGGAUGAAUGUGAAACUACUUCACCAAUGCUUAAAUGUUUUUAA